GCCUGCAGGAGCUUUCCCCAACGCGCAGGGGAAACGUCAUGCGCUUUUUCGCAUGCCCCGGAACAAACUCGGUUGCUCGCAGGCUACCGAGAGAGAGAAAGAGAGACCGCCCCUUCCCUCUCCUCCAUCCCUGGCCUUUAGGCCGUGGAACAAGCUGGGUGAGUGUGCUGCGAAGUUGGCUGUGAGGGAGACGUGCCUGCGCCUCAGUGGCCGCCGCCCAUUCGUCGUUUCUCUUUGCAAGGGGACAUCUGAUGUUGGAUGUUAUUUUCAUCUAGGUGCUUUCAAAAUGGAGGCAAUAAAAAUGGAUAAUGUAUUCCUGAAGCGUCCUCAUUCUAAAGCUGAUGAAGGUAACAUGGAUGAAAUUAAAAGGCAAAAGGUCUUGGAAGAACCACUGAAAGGAAGAAAGAAUUCUGACUGUAAGGCUGAAGCUGAGGUGGAGCAGCCUCUGAAAAACCGGCUUGAAGAACCAAAUAAGGCAAAUGUUCUGAAUGUGGAAAGUGUAGAUCAACAUGAUGAGGAAGAAAUGGAAGAAAGUGAUGGAGAAGGAGACACAGAGAGCUUUGCAGAUAUGAUGAAACAUGGGCUGACUGAGCUAGAUGUUGGCAUAACAAAAUUUGUUAGUUCUCACAAAGGUUUUUCUGGAAUAUUAAAAGAAAGAUAUUCAGAUUUUGUUGUUCAUGAAAUAGGAAAAGAUGGACAUACUAUUCAUUUAGAUGACUUCUCUGUGCCAGUGGAUGAUGAGGAUCCUCCUGAAGAAAACUUUAUGGUUCUGUCAGCUGAAGACAAACAGCACUUAGAAGAACUCCAGCUGUUUAAAAAUAAAGAAGGCAGUGUUUCCAUUGAGGUCAUAGAAGACACAAAAGAAAAAAGAACAGUUAUACACCAGGCUAUAAAAUCUUUGUUUCCAGGGUUAGAGACUAAAACAGAGGAUCGGGAUGGAAAAAAAUACAUCAUUGCUUACCAUGCAGCAGGGAAAAAGGCACUUGCAAAUCCAAGAAAACAUUCUUGGCCAAAAUCCAGGGGAAGCUACUGCCACUUUGUAUUAUACAAAGAAAACAAGGACACCAUGGAUGCCAUUAAUGUGCUAUCAAAAUUUUUAAGAGUUAAGCCAAACAUCUUUUCCUACAUGGGAACCAAAGACAAAAGAGCUAUUACAGUUCAAGAGAUUGCUGUUCUGAGGGUCACUGCACAAAGGCUGGCUCAUUUAAAUAAGUGCCUGAUGAAUUUCAAGCUUGGGAACUUCAGUUACAAGAACCAUCCCCUGAAGUUGGGAGAAUUGCAAGGAAAUCAUUUCACAGUGGUUCUCAGAAAUAUUACAGGAACUGAUGAUCAAGUGCAACAAGCCAUGGAAUCUCUCAGGGAAAUUGGAUUUAUUAACUACUAUGGCAUGCAAAGAUUUGGAACCACAGCUAUCCCUACAUAUCAAGUUGGAAGAGCUAUUCUACAAAAUAAUUGGAAUGAAGUGAUUGAUUUAAUACUGAAACCACGUCCAGGAGCGGAGAAAGGGUACUUAGUAAAAUGCCGAGAAGAGUGGGCAAAAACUAAAGAUCCAGCUGCAGCCCUCAGAAUACUGCCUGUGAAAAGGUGUGUGGAAGGACAGUUGCUUCGGGGACUUUCAAAGUACGGACUGAAGAAUAUAGUCUCUGCAUUUGGCAUAAUUCCAAGAAAUAAUCGUUUGAUGUAUAUUCAUAGCUAUCAGAGUUAUGUGUGGAAUAAUAUGGUGAGCAAAAGAAUAGAAGAAUAUGGACUUAAACCUGCACCAGGCGAUCUUGUACUAAAAGGAGGGACAGCUGUUUAUAUUGAAGAAACAGAGGUUGACAAUUAUACCAUCCAUGAUGUCGUGAUGCCAUUACCUGGUUUUGAUGUUAUUUAUCCAAAGCAUAAAAUUGGGGAAUCCUACAAGGAAAUGUUAGCUAUGGACAAUCUGGACAUCAAUAAUAUGAAACAUAAAAUUCGAGAUUAUUCAUUAUCUGGAGCAUACAGAAAGAUUAUCAUCCGACCUCAGAAUGUGAGCUGGGAGCUGGUUGCAUAUGAAGAUCCUAAAAUUCCAUUAUUUGCUACUGACUUGGAUAAAAUGGAAGGAAAACAACCUGCAGUUCCUACCUCAGAAGGCAAAUACAAGGCACUGAAGAUGGAGUUCUCCCUUCCACCAUCUACUUACGCCACAAUGGCCAUUCGAGAAGUGCUAAAAAUGGACACAAGCAUAAAAAAACAGACACAAUUAAAUACAGUAUGGUUACGUUGAUGAUCCUUUUUAUUGAUUGGAUUAAAGUUUUAACAUGAAUUUAGUUUCUAAAUGACUAGUUUUAUCCAGGUACUUUCUAUUUGAAAAUGGUAUUUUUGUAUUAGCUUGAAGUAUAUAGUUUCAAAUUCAUUGUAAAGUGGUGUUUGAAAAACAUGUAACUUUGUUUUGAAAUGAUGUGAGCAAACAUUGUGUUUGAAGAGAUAACUCUACCAGCUUGCAAGGAAAUAGGAUGACUUUGUUAGUAAUUUCAAAUCCUUGGAAGUAUGUUAAAAACGUUCUCAAAUAUGAUAGUAAAUGAGUCUUUAUAAGUUUGAAUGAACACUGGUUGUAAGCAUGCCUAAUUCUGCAUUUCAGGAAAACAGAUUAGAGCACAGGUGAAUGCAAAUUUAUGUCCAGUGAAUACAAGUAUUUAGCCUUAAGAGUGCUGAUAGGAUCUCUAUUCAAAACUGAUCCGAUUGGCAAAAUGCUCAUAUUGCUUUGUGAUGUAAAGCUGCUUUUAUUUGAUCUUAUUCAGUCUGUGUCCAUUUUCUGGAACCUGUUUCAACUUGUGAGGAAGCAGACAAUCCAUAUAUGGAAUUGUAUCCUUGAUGAAUGUUGCUUAGCUCCAACAUUUAUGGUUUGUCUAUUGCUGGCAAUGGAUGAACUUCAAAAAUCUGUGUCCUGGCAUGACAGGAUUAAACAACCAUUCUGAAUUUAACACUUGUGGUAUUGUGGGCUCAUUUUAUUUUUCAUUUUCAAAACUAAGCAAAUCAUGUUUUAUAUGGCUUGGAUUAUUAAAUAAUUGUGUGUGAAAA